AGGAGAUGUCUAAUGGUUGUUUCUUAUCGUGUGCUUCGUUUCUCAUCUGUAUCAGACAAGGCUGAUCUAGCCACCCUAAAAUAGAAUGUUGGAUCGUGCGCAAGACGUUGCCAUCCGCAGCUCUAGUACAUGUGGCGACGCAAUUGUUCCAUUCCCAGGUACCUUGGGCAUGGACACUCUGGGUGUCAUUCACGUUCUCGCUCUGUGCUGUUGUCCGAAAUUGGUCUUAUUAUCCACCCCUCUAUAAAGACCUAGGAAACCCUACUUCAUAACUUACGUCCAAGAUGUUGCUGUACCCUCUUGUGCUCUCUGCGAUUUGCUUUUCUGCUUCCGCGUUGGCCAACCUUCAAGAUGCUCAGAUCGUUUUGGGCCUUGACAGCGCGAAUUCUACUCAAAGUGCCCCUCACUGGGUCGUGUAUGGCGACAAGUACGAGUCGGGAGUGACUGGUCCUCCCACAGCGGACGCUGUUGAGGGCUACAAUGUCUUCAUCCUCUCGUUCCUUCUCACGGAGGGGGCAUGGGACAAGGCCUACGAAUGGACUACGUUGACAGCGGACGAGAGAACGGCUAUCAAGUCCGAGUAUGCUGCAGCCGGAAUCAAACUUCUCGUGUCUGCAUUCGGCUCUACGGAUAUUCCUACGACGUCAGGAGUCAAUCCUAAUACGACGGCUGCGACAAUGGCUGCAUGGGUUAUCGAAUACGGCCUGGAUGGCAUUGAUGUCGACUACGAGGACACGGCUGCUAUGAACGCUGGUACGGCUGAGGAAUGGUUGAUCAGCUUUACUUCUGAGCUUCGUGCAUACUUGCCUCAGGAUCAGUAUAUCGUCACUCACGCUCCCGUCGCUCCGUGGUUCACGCCGAAUAGUUAUGUGGGCGGCGCGUAUACCAAGGUGCACCAGGAAGUAGGCGAUCUGAUUGAUUGGUACAAUAUACAGUUCUACAACCAAGGAGCUACGGAGUACACCGACUGUGAUGGCUUGCUCACCGCUUCGUCGAGUACAUGGCCAGAGACCGCGUUAUUCCAGAUCGCCAACAAUAGUGUCGAUCUUUCGAAGCUGGUUAUUGGAAAGCCCGCCACAUCGAGCGACGCGACCAAUGGCUAUAUGGACACCUCGACGUUGGCCACUUGCUUGGAAACCGCUAAGAACGAUGGUUGGGAUGGUGGCGCGAUGGUCUGGCAGUACCCUAAUGCCGAUGCCUCGUGGAUCUCUACGGUUCGUUCGCUCUCUUGGCCUGUUUGACGGGUAAUGGUUCUUCUACACGUGUAACCGCGAUUGUCUACGUCCCUGCGUCCCGCACAGUAA